UUCACUUCUUCACUUUGGCGCUAACUCUCUCGCUUUCUUUUCCCUCUAACAACUAAGCUUCGGCUUCGGACUCUCGCCUUCGCAGUUUCCCGCCAUUUUCAUCCAGAAGAAGAUUUCGUACAAUCUCCAUUAUGAUGCAGGAAUCAUUUCCACCGUCGGAUGACGACGGCGAUGGUGGUAUCGGUUUCUUAUCGUACAGAGAACGAUCUCUUUCGAAGCGGAAUCUCAAGCAGCAUCAGGAACAAGACAAUGUGUCCUCUGAUCGUCCUGUUACGCGUUCUCGAUCAAACCUCGGCCGGUCUGAUACUCGCCGCUGGUUUGCGUUCAGUAGGAGAUCAAUAUUCGCUUUCGCUGGCUUUUCUUUGCUCUUGCUAUUCGUUGUUACGUUUUACCUGGAGAGUUUGAUGACUUCGGUGUUCUUGAAAAGGAGUGAGAAAGCUUGGUCACGCGAUGCAGAGUUGAAGCUUGGAAUGACGCUUAAGUUCGCUCCGCAGAGAAUUCCUCGGAAGUUUAUUGAAGGUAACGAGGUUGAUCGGUUGCACUCAGAUAAUCGUUUUGGUUUUCGGAAACCUAGGCUUGCUCUGAUAUUGAGAAGCAUGGAGAAAGAUUCACAAUCCUUGUUUUUAAUUACUGUAAUGAAGAACAUGAAGGAACUUGGAUAUGCGUUUGAGAUUUUUGCAGUUGCCAAUGGAGAAGCACGUCAAAUGUGGCAGGAACUUGGUCGACUUGUUCUUUUAAGCCCAAAGCAGUUUGGCCAAAUUGAUUGGUUACUUUUUGAAGGCAUCAUCGUUGAUUCUUUUGAAGGGAAGGAGGCUAUUACAAGCAUUAUGGUGGAACCUUUUUGUUCAGUACCACUUAUUUGGAUCAUUCAGGAUGAUAUUCUAUCAAAGCGUCUUAACAUGUAUAAGGACAGAGGCUGGGAGAAUCUUGUUUCUCAUUGGAGAAGUACUUUUAGCAGAGCUAGUGUUGUCGUGUUUCCCAAUUUUGCUCUUCCAAUGUUUUAUAGUGCGCUUGAUACUGGAAACUUUCAUGUGAUCCAAGGAUCGCCUGUGGAUGUUUGGUCUGCUGAAAUUUAUAAGAAGACUCACUUCAAGUACGAGUUAGGAAAGAAACUUGGAUUUGAUGUAGAAGAUAUCGUCGUUCUUGUGGUUGGAAGUUCUUUCUACAAUGAGCUAUCAUCGGAAUAUGCUGUGGCUUUGAAUCGCAUGGGACCUGUUCUAACUAAAUUGCCGAGGAAAAAUCCUGAAGUGUCAUUUAAAUUUGUUUUCUUGUGUGGUAAUUCCACCAACGGAUGCAAUGAUGCUCUGCAGGAAACUGCUUCACGUUUAGGACUUCCUAGAGAUUAUUUAAGCCACUAUGGCUUUGAUCAAGACGUAAAUGGUAUUUUGUACUUCGCCGACAUUGUUCUUUAUGAAUCUUCACAAAAUGUUCUAGAUUUUCCUUCCUUGCUCAUUCGGGCCAUGACCUUUGAAGUUCCGAUAGUGGCACCUGAUUUGCCCAUUAUUAACCAAUAUGUUGUUGAGGGGUUCCAUGGGUUACUUUUUCCUAAAUUCAGUUCUGAUGCUGUAAUAAGUGCUCUUACUGAUCUUACUUCAACUUCUGAUGGAAGGCUCACUAGAAUUGCUAACAAUAUUGCUUCGUCUGGAAGAUUACUUGCUAAAAAUAUUCUUGCUUCAGAGUGCGUUACUGGAUAUGCAAAUCUCUUGAAGGAAGUCCUCAAUUUCCCAUCAGACGUUGUACUGCCGAGUUCCAUUACUCGGCUUCCAAAAGCAGUGUGGGAAUGGGAUCUCUUUUGGAACGAAUUAAUACAAGUAUCCCCCAUUGAGCAACGCAGUGAGAGAAUUAAAAGAAAAUCUAGCGUUGUGAUUAAACUCGAAGAGGAGUUCUCUGACCUUGUUAGUCCCUUAAAUAUCUCCAGUCCUGGAAAGGAGAUUUCGGCGCAUGAUAUCCCAACUCAACAAGAUUGGGAUAGUAUUGGAGAAAUAGAACUUACUGAAGAAUAUGAUAGAGUGGAAAUGGAGGAGCUUCAAGAAAGAACAGAAAGUAUAUUAGGUUCAUGGGAGCGAGUAUAUCGUACAGCACGGAAGUCUGAUAGGAUGAAGCUUGAAAAAGAGAAGGACGAGGAAGAACUUGAAAGGGCAGGACAGAUAGUAUGCAUUUAUGAGAUAUACAACGGACCUGGAGCUUGGCCAUUUUUGCAUCAUGGUGCUCUGUUUCGUGGACUUAGUCUUUCUCCGAGAGCACUGAGGUUGGAAACAGAUGAUGUCAAUGCUCCCCAGCGGCUUCCCCUUUUGAAAAACAGAUUCUAUCAGGACAUUCUUUGUGAGAUUGGAGGAAUGUUUGCAAUAGCAAAUAAGAUUGAUACAAUUCACAGAAAACCUUGGAUUGGUUUCCAAUCUUGGCAAGCUGAUGGUAGGAAGGUCUCGUUAUCUGAAAAGGCUGGAAAGGUAUUGGAAGAAGAAAUUCAGGAGAAUACUAGAGGAGAAAUUAUUUACUUCUGGGCGACGUACUUGGACGUGGAUUCUGAAGUCAUAGACAGCGAUGAUGGUCCCUUUUGGCAAACAUGUGACGUCUUCAAUCGGGGGAAUUGCCGUUCUACAUUUAAAAAUGCCUUUAGGCAUAUGUAUGGACUACCACCAUCACAUUUGGAAGCUCUUCCUCCAAUGCCUGAUGAUGGCGAUCUCUGGUCUUCUCUGCAUAGUUGGGUGAUGCCAACCCCUACAUUUUUGGAGUUUAUCAUGUUUUCCAGGAUGUUUGUUGAUUCCAUAGAUGUCGUGAACAGGAACCUUGGUGAUGACAACGAAUGUUUCUUGGCUUCUUCAGGGCUAGAGAGAAGGCAAUGCUAUUGUCGGAUGUUGGAAAUCCUGAUAAAUGUAUGGGCGUACCAUAGUGGGCGUAGAAUGGUUUACUUAAAUCCACGUUCGGGUGCACUAGAAGAGCAGCAUCCACUUGAAGAACGUCAGGACUUCAUGUGGUCUAGAUUCUUUAACAUCACAUUGUUGAAAGCCAUGGAUGCAGAUUUGGCUGAAGCUGCCAACGAUGGCGAUCGCCCGGCACCGAGUACGUGGUUGUGGCCAUCGACAGGAGAAGUGUUUAGGGAAGGGGUUUAUGAAAUGGAAGAGGAAGAAAAAAGGUAUAGCCAGAAAAUGGAAAAGAGGAGAAUUUCCAGAGAGAAGAAACCAAGUCAUGAACACAAGCAAAAGCCACUUGGAGAAUAAGACAUAGUCAACUAAAUAAAUCUCUUGCACUAAAAACGAUUGUAGAUAGGAAUCUGUUGUGAAUAUACGAGUAGAAGAAUCGUCAAUUCAAGUACGUCACUUUCUUUCAACCUCUUUUCCAUAAUAAUUAGCAAUUACAUGUGUUCUUUGGAUGAUGUAUAUAAUAUCUGUGAUCAAAACAUUUUUUUCUGCGUCCAAUUUAGAACUCAACCAUCGUUACACAUCUUCUAGAUUUUAUCGAAUUUAUGAGAGGAUAUAAUGAAAUUUGUCUUGCUGCAUAUCCCUAAAAAAAA